GAUGAGAAUCGCUGGUUGGCCGUGUACCAGUAAGCGUGAGUAAGCGUGUUUGUAAUAGAGUGAAAAAGCGCGGUCAGGAUUGCUGAUGCAAUCCUCCUUAUUCCUUGUGCAAGCAUAUCCUGUAUUCCUAUUUAAGUCUUUUUGUUUCCCAUAUAACUAUUGAAAGCAAGAUAAGAAAUACCUUGGUUACUAUGGUCAAAUCGUCCCCGCCACGUUGUUACACUGGGGACGGGUACCAUUAACGUUGAGAAGAAGAAGAAGAUGAAUGAGAUGAAUCAAGCGAUAUAUUUUAAUAAAGUUAAUGCGCGAAUAUUUUUUAAAAUAAAUGUAUAUAAUAAUAAUAAAUAAUAAUUUUAAAAAUACCCCCAUCACUUCCGAUUUUGAUCAAAUUAGGCUCAUUCGACGCAUUUUUUUUUUUUUUUUUAUUACCUACUGAAAUCGGUUUAAAAAUUGUUUUCAUCAAAAUUGAAGAUGGUGGGGGUAUUGUUAACAACUACUAAAAUUGGAAUUACAAUUGAUUAAUUUACAAAUUUAUUCAUAUUUUCUAUGACAUGCGUUAAUAAAUUAGCGAAAUAUGUAUCGAUGAAAACGUAAGAGGAGCUAGAUCUACUAUAUGUAUUUAGAGGUUAGAUACGAAAAGCGAAAACUUGAGGAAAGUGAGAGAGAGAGAGAGAGAGAGAGAGAAUGAAGAAAGGAAGGCGAUGGCGAGGACGAGGGCGAGAUGGCUUCAAUAAUGGCGUCUCCUCGACCCAAGUCACCUCGAAUCCCAGUUUCUACGAAGAAAGACGAUAAGGAGGAAAGUUUUUGGGAUAAAAUUGGAACGCUUGGACGAAAGAAACGCAUUAAGGAAGUAAAAGAUGUGCAAGAAGAAGGAAAAUAUGCGAUUGAUUCACCUGGAUAUGCCGCUAAUCCUGAUAUGCCACCAGAGGAAUAUGCUCUCGAUGAGAAUGAAGAACGUUCCAUGAUAGAGCCAAAAUCUUUAGAAGAUUCCAAACUACAAGAAUUGAUAUUUGUCUUGAUCGAAUGGAUCAAUGACGAAUUAGCUGAUCAGCGAAUUAUUGUGAAAGAUAUUGUAGAAGAUCUUUACGACGGACAAGUGCUACAGAAACUUUUAGAAAAGUUGACAGGAGAGAAAUUAGAUGUACCCGAAGUAACUCAAUCCGAGGAAGGACAAAGGCAAAAGCUCGCUGUUGUUUUAUCCGCUGCUAAUCGUGUAUUGGGUCGAUAUCCACCUUACAAAUGGAGCGUCGAAUCUGUACAUUCGAAAAAUAUUGUUGCGAUUCUGCAUUUGCUGGUUGGCUUAGCGCGGCUCUUUCGUGCUCCCGUUAGAUUGCCAGAAAGAGUUGCCGUUCAAGUGGUCGUGGUACGUAAAAAGGAUGGUCAGUUGAUACACAGAACGGUGAGAGAAGAGUUAACGACAACGUACGACGAUUUGGGUAUGCGUUGCGAGCGUGAUGCAUUCGAUACUCUUUUCGACCACGCGCCCGAUAAAUUGGCCGUUGUAAAGAAAUCAUUGGUAACAUUCGUGAAUAAGCAUUUGAGCAAAGUACAUUUGGAAGUAACAGAUCUGGAUACUCAAUUCCAUGAUGGGGUCUUCUUGAUUCUAUUGCUCGGCCUUUUGGAAGGUUUCUUUGUUCCAUUAGGUAGCUUUCAUUUGACACCAAAGACCAUCGAUCAAAAAGUUCAUAACGUUUCAUUCGCAUUUGAUAUUAUGAGAGACAUUGGACUACCGAAGCCGAAAGCUCGUCCUGAAGAUAUCGUAAACCUGGAUCUAAAAUCUACUCUUCGCGUGUUAUAUAAUCUCUUUACGAAAUAUAAGGGGCUAAAUUAGUGAAAUUGAUUGUAUUCAAUCAAUUAGCUUUUCACACAAAUGUCAUAUUAUUAUUAAGUUGAUAGUCUUAUUAUUCCAACAAUCGCGAUGAACGAUCUGCGAUACUACCUUAUCUGCUGCGGUACUAUCUUAUUAAACUGCCAUUGGAGAGCUAUUUAUAACAAUGGAUUUAACAUGGAUCUGAUUUUUUUAGUUGUACUUUUUUACAUUUCGUCAAGUUUUAUUUUCUUCGAAACCAAAUACACAAUAGAUAAUCCGUGUAAAUGUUCGUAUCGUAUGUUUAUUUCAAUCUGAUGAAAUGUAAAAAGAACGUACAGCUAGAUGUACAGAACAGAGAAGAUGAUGUGUACGUUGAGCUUAAAGUAAUGUGUCUUUGUAUUCGUAUAAAGUAUAAUAUAUUUUAUAUAAAUAAUAUACAUAUAUAUUUAUCACACAGGUUUUGAAUUAUAACGACGUUUAUUAAUAAA